GAGAACGCUAAACAUACAAAGUGGCUCAGUAAAACUAGUGUAUACUGUAAUCCUUUACUGGACAGACCACAUAAAGAGACAAGAAUUAGAGAUGGAACUAGAUGAAAGCAUAAGCAUGGACGAUCUAGCAUCUUGUGAUAGUGGGCUCCACUCCAACCAAACUACGUUGACAAGCCUUGGGUCUUGGAAGUCGGACGACAGCUCACCUCGUCAUUUACUGAACUCGACUCCUGUAGACUCUCCUGUCCAAAGUCCCAGAAGUCAACGAAAAUUUCCGGGUGACUUUCGACUAAGUGUGGAUGGAGACACAUGGGACCAGUCCUCAGAAAACAAGAACGGAAAUAGAAAUUCAACUUUGAAACAAAGCAUUCAAGAAACGGCAAUCAAAUUUUCGGCUCUUGUGACAAAAACAACAUCACCAGAAUUUCGCUUCAAAAUCGUGCUGUUUUUACUUUUCUUCAGCAUCAUAGUGCUGGUAACAUUCACUACACUUCUAUACCAGCAACACCUUAAGGAAUUAGCCAUUGGAGACAAGAUUAGGUUUCAUGAACUCAAGAGAAAUCUUCAUAUUUUACAUCACGACGGUCGAAAUCACCUGACGGGACAUUUAGGUUUAAAGAUUCCCGCAGAACUGUCUCCGUUGGACUGUCAGUUUUUACACGCAGGAGACAUCUGUGUAGAAUGGAAGUAUCGUGCUCGACUUCACAUCGACUAUGUGCAUGAAGACAGACUUAGCUGUUAUAAUAUCUAUUGGAAAAGUCUGGCAAGGGACACUAUUUUAAAAGACUGUUAUACAUUGUCAGGAGCUUUUUGGUUUGGAAUGGGGGAAAUCAAUAAAACGUCUUUUCCUUUUUCUAAUACAACUCUUCAGUUACAACCAUUUGUAACAGGUAAUGCAUAUCAGUACAAUUUUGGGGCCAUUCUUGAGAGAUACUGGUUAUCUUCAAAGGGAAUUGCAAUUCGCGUAGACCAGGAUGUUCCACUGUACAUCAGUAUGAAUAAUAGUGGCGAUGAGGAACUAUGUUUUGAAGCCAAACUGGAUGGCUUCCCUUAUGAGACGACCAAAACUAAGUUACCUUUUCUACAAUACACAAUCUGUACUGAGGAUAGCAUUAUACUUGCCCACUUAGAUACAGUAAAAAAAUUUCGUACACAGACUUCUAAUAUAACUAAUGACUUCAAUAUUUAUAAGACUCCCGUGUGGGCAACAGAACCAAAACUUAAAAACUUUGUAAAUAAUCAAUCUCUAUUGAGUUUUGUUAAUCAGAUCACAGAACAGAGGCUUGAACCUGGAUACAUACUACUGCACUCUAAUUGGCAAAGACAUUUCGGAGACCUUGAUUUUCAUUCAAAUUCUUUUGGUAGUCCGAAUGAAAUUAUAAACAUACUACACCGUAAAGGAUUUAAAAUAUUAUUAACAGUUCAUCCUUACUUAUGUCUGGAAUCUCCAGUUUUCAAGUUCGGACUAAAACAAUCAUAUUUCAUAUCAGAUUCCGUGUGGAAUGUGCCACUUCUUUCUACUUGGCAAGAUUCGGUGUGUGCAACCAUUGAAAUUGCAAACCAAAAUGCUGUAGAAUGGUUUAUUUCACGCCUUAAGCAAGUCAAAAUAAAAUAUAACGUCGACGGUUUUGUUUUUGUUGGAGGAUAUUCUUCAUUUUUACCACGUUCAUACAAUUACAAGGAUAAGUUUAUAAACCCAGACCGUUCCUUAACUCAAUUUCUGAAGGCAUCUCAAGAAUAUCAACUUUUUGCUGGAACAGGAGUUGGUUUUCAAACUCAAAAUAUUAAUGAAUUUGUCCAGAUUGCACCCAGAACGUCCACGUGGGAUUCUUCUAAAGGAAUCGCGUCGAUUGUUCCAACGGUUUUGACAUUACAGUUGCUAGGGUACCCAAUUAUAAAUACUGGUUCAGUAGGAGGAGAUAUUUUAACAAACAUAAACGAUACAAAACCUGAAAGACAAUUGUAUAUCAGAUGGCUUCAAUUAGCUACAUUCAUGCCAGUGUUACAGUUUUCGUUUCUUCCAGGAGAUUACAACAAAGAAGUGAUCGAAAUCGCUAAUAUGAUGUACAAAAUUCGCGAACAAAAAAUAUUACCCCUCCUGGAACAGUGCCUGAAAGAAUAUGAAGAAAACGGAAUUCCUCCUUUACGACCAUUAUGGUGGCUAGAGCCAAAAGAACUAAAUGCGUUUAUAGCUAAUGAACAAUUUUCUGUUGGAAAUGAAGUUAUUGUUGCUCCUGUUGUUGAAGAAGGGCGAGAGCAUAUAGACGUCUAUUUACCUUCCGGUUGGUGGCGCGACGAAAUUACGGCUGAAAAAUUACGUGGAGGGAAAUGGCUUCAUAAUUAUCAUGUCCCCCUAGACAAAGUUGCUUAUUUUACUCGACUUAGUAACAUAAUGUAAUUUUUACUAUUUUAGACGUGUUUUCACAUUGAAAACUGUUAUGUUAUAAUAUUAACUCGUGUAAUAAUUUUCUAUAUAUUUCAUGUUGAAACUGCAAACUGUUUAAUCCCAGCAUAUUGGAAAAUGUUUGUUUUUAUCCUAAUAUUUCUCUUAAAAGAGAAAUAAACCAUAUUGUGAUUAAAAGAAAAUUAUAGAUGAUUUCUUAUAUAAAUCCAGUAACAUUUAUUCAAAUGGUUAGAUGAUCGAGUUUGUUAAAUAAAAACUUAAAUUCGACACAUUUUACUCUAACUAUAUCCA